AUGGAUCUAAAUCAGGAAAUGGACCAGUUGGCGUCUGAAUUCUACAAUGACUUUACGACAAAAGCCAAUGUUGAUAGCAAUCAGAAGGCUGCUUUUACAGAAGAUUUUGUCAUCACACCUGACUCUAGUAAUCAAAAUCAAACUUUUGCUCCGCAAAACCACCGUCAAACGGAUGAGGACUAUGCGCAGUUGUAUUCACAACAUUCAAAGCCUACGGCUAAUUUAAAUGCCAAUGGUUUCCAGCAAGAUAAUCUAGGUGACACGACAUUAACAGAGUUUCAGUUAAACGAUAUAAAUUUCGAUUUCCUUUUGAAAUCGCAGCAGCAACCUCAGCAACAACAAGAGCGAUCAGUGCCACAGAUACAAGAGGGCCUACUAUCAAACAAUACUAGUGGCCCACAGUUUUUCCAAUCGGAUCGAGAGCCUAAUCCAACGCAACAACAAGAACAAUCUUAUUACCAAUUACAACACCAACAAGAUGAAUAUGACAUUAGUGGUAAUUCAAAGGCUGGAGCAGGAAGUAUGCCAGGAGCAUUUGCUCAGCAAGGCGAUAAUAUGGAACUAGAUGAUUCUCCGCCAUUUACUAUUGAGCUGGAUCUCUAUUUCGACCAAGGUCCGGAUAAUAACUCAAUCAUCACUAGUAGCAACCUACAACCUCACCACGACAAUAGAUCAUCAAUCAUUAGCCAUAGCAACAACGCUGGAUAUCAUAGCAAUCAUUUGAAGAGUCCCACGCAGCCCAACGAUUUCAAUGUCAGCCCGUUUGAUGACGCGUCAAGAGUUUCAUCAGUUCAAAACAUAAAGUACAUGGGGAAUAACAAUCUUGACGCAGCUAAAGCUAUCAAUCGACGUAGCCUCAUUGACAAUGAAAGUCAACAAUUUAUGGGGAGGUUGAGAAAUGGAUCUAUAGACUCGUACUACGCAGCCAAUGUUAUCAACCAGCAUUUGCAUCCACAGCUGCAGCUUCCGCAGCAUCAAUAUCAGUAUCAGCAACAAGGUGGUGCUCAAAAUAAUUCAGCAUCCUUUCAGGAGAUGUCACCGAUUACAACAACCACAUCAAAUACGCAUUCCAUAUCUUCUCUACAUUCAACACAGCCGUCGUUUUUUUCAGCACAGCAAUUUUUCACAAGAAACUCAAUAGACCAACAGCCGCUGUCGAUGAACAGGCCUUCUCUGGAUUUAUUUGGUCGUCCUUCCUUGGAUAGUCAGCAAUCGCAACAACAACAGCAACGUAAUGCAAGAUAUACCAGUUUCACCAAUUCCAUUUCCAAUAUGAUUCCAUUUAUGGGUGAUAGAAGUCAAUCUCAAAGGUCGCCUUCAGGUAAUUCAACACAAGCGGUUUUGAAUAGUGGUACCGCACCAAAUCAGCCUAGGCAUUUGAUUCGGUCAAUAUUUAAAUCUAAUUCGGGUUUGAAUUCGAGCCAAAAUCAAAUAAAUGACGAUGCGGACGAAAAGAUGGAUACUAAUGAUGAUGUGAAUAUGGAUGAAAUAUCGAAUCAAUUUUUAACCACACCUGCAGACAACUCCAAUUUGACAAUGAAUUCCGAGUUUGAACCUGAGCUUGAACAACCAAAGAAACAAAGGACAUCCAAGAGAAGCUUGUUUACGAGAUUUAAGUCUUCCAAGCAACCAGAUGACAUUGAUGAUAUUCCAAAAAUUGGUGAAAAAGAGCCUUUGUUACAAGAAAGUGAGAGUUUGGAAACUGCAAAUAUUGGUUCGGGCCAGGCAUCUAGUGGAACUCCAUCUUUUAUGACUGGGGGUCCAGUCAAUUUGGAAAACACAACUUCCGAAUCUUCGCAAAAUGUUGCUGAACCUGAUUAUGCGGCAUUGUUUGAGAAUGUAGGUAAAAGGAAACCUAUGGGGUCGAAUUAUAGAAAACCUAAACGUGAAAAGUCCAAAGAAGAUCAAUCUCAAAUACAACAGCAAAUGAACACCAGUAACACACCCACAACGUCAUCCUUAUUCUUUGGUAAGAACAAUCAAAUAGGUAAAGGGGCAAGCAGUAACAACUCACUUGCUGAUAAUACAAGCGCAACCAAUAUUAGUGUCAAUUCCUCCAAUGCAUCAUCAUCGCUUGCCGGCCAGAGCAUGAUUUUGAAUGAGAAUGAUGACCAAACGGUGACCUCCACAUCUACACCACCACCACCACCGCCAUCCACUUCCUCAUUAGCAACUGCAUCGAAACGUAUAUUAGGAUCGAAGAUCAUGAUGAAGAACAAUAAAAAGUCAUCAUCAAAGAUUACCAAAAAGGAUAAAGAAAAGGACAAAGAUCGUGAUAUUAUUCCACCCGAUGAAGAGCCAAUAAUUGCAUCAUUAGAUACACCAGUAGCAACAAUGAUUUCCAAGGGAGUUGAAGUUGAAGUUGAUUUAGCAUCAUUGGAUUUACCACCCGAUACCAAAAUCUUCCCUACAUCAAUUAUAAAUUCCAAAAAUCGGACUAGGGGUAGAAAAGAAAACAAAGAAGCUGAUUUAAAUGAUGAGACCAAGAUUUAUCUAUGUAAUUAUUGUUCAAGAAGAUUCAAACGACACGAACAUUUGAAACGACAUUUUCGAUCGUUGCAUACAUUUGAAAAACCGUUUGAUUGUCCCAAAUGUAAUAAGAAAUUUAGUCGGUCAGAUAAUCUUCAACAACAUUUAAAGAUUCAUAAUGCAGAUGAUAAUGGAGUUGCUAAGGAGGAAGAAGAGGGAGAUAUUGAAACUGGUGUUUAUAGAGAUGAUAUAUGA